UCCGAAUUGCUGCAAGAGUAAAAGAGAGAGGGGUGAGGGGGAUCAAGGAAGCCCAGCAGUGCGCCGGGCAACGCCGUUGUCAUUUGGUUGGGUACGUGGAGUGCUGGUGAGAGGGUUGCAAAGUGCCAAAAAGGAACUGACGUGGAUAGAAGUGCAGGGAGUUUGCUGAGAGACUGGAAAAGGAGAGGGGCAACCUGGAGGAGAGAGCAGAGGCUGCACCUUGUAGGAAUACCAUGUGACCAGACGCGACAUGCAUCUGGGAUAAAAGAGGCUCGGCACCGGACCCUUGUUCUGCGAGCGACGACUGGCUUCUGGGCUCACUGACCUGUGCAUCACCAGUCUGCAAGGUCAUUGAGCUUUGAAUCAGUAAGGCGAUCAAUCUUCUGAGCAACGUUCAAGCACCCUUUCCAUUCCUUCCAAAGUGGAAGACUUAAUAUUACAACAAAGGCAUUGUUUUAUAUGAUACAGAUUGUUGCAUUACUCAAAUACCUUUUUGUUGGAUUAUCACCAGUGGGUUACAAGACAACAAGAGAAAAAAACUUUGGACUUCUGAGACGUCUGAGUUGUUCAGAGACACACACCCCCCCCUGAAUCCGUGCCUUUGAAAGGCAGGAUCUGUCUUCAGAUGUUGCUGAACUCGGUGUUAGUGGCGGUGACUGACCUCGCCGCCAGACUGCUGGGUAAUGCCACCUUCAGGCGGCAUUUCCACUUGCUGCUGUCGGGCCUGGUUGUAUUUGGACCAGCCCUGAGCUUGUGGGUCUCACAGUACAGCGUAUUUGCCAAGAAGAGUCACUUCCUGUACAGGAUGUUCCUGCGCUCCGGCUGGGGCUGGACCUGCGUCUUCACCGGCUCCUUCGUCUUCCUGCUCUCCUUCUCUGUGCGCCGCUCCCUUGUCAUCUCCCUGCGCCACCUCUCCCGGCUGCUGGUGGCGGGCGUGCUGUGGGUCGGCUUCCGCCGCGUCAUGUCCGUGCUGGAGAAUGCCACAGGGAGCUGUUACGAGCCCCUCAGCACCCCUCCGGAUGGGCACCUGACGCAGGGGGUGGUGGAGGCAGGGCAGCCGCUCCUGCUGCUGCGCCAGGGGGAGACCAAGGUCACCUGCCUCGGGGGCGGCAUGCUGUGGCGCGGGUACGAGGUCUCAGAGGAUGCCUUCUUGCUCUGCAUGUGCUGCCUGCUCCUGGCAGAGGAGACCGCAGUCUUUGGGCCCUACCUGACCCUGGGUGGGCCCUCAGGAGCCCCUCUGCGCCUCCUUUUCCUCUUCUGUGUCCUCCUGCUAAGUCUUUGGAUCUUCUUGCUUCUCUGCCUGCUGGCAUACUUUCCACAAUUCCCCACUCAGCUGGUAGGGGGCGCCUUGGGCUGUUUGAGCUGGAGGGGGCUGUACCAGGGCUGGUACCGCAUGGGACCCAGCUGGUACUGUCCUGGACGCCCUGGAGUGGGCCUACUGACCAGCCAGGGUCGGAAACAUGGACAGCAGUCAGAUCCAUACGGAGCAAACAAGGCGGAGUGGAAUUAAUGCAGGAAAUGAAAGAAAGGGAAGCAAGGAAUAGUCUGGACUAAAUGCUGUUCGCAUAGUGCAUGUGUGCUGCAAAGUGUGAUUACCAAAACAGGAAUGACAUGCUUGAAAGUAUAAUUUAAAAGGAAUAUCUUGGACAUUCCUAAUCUUCAA